AUGGACCCACUUCUUGUGAAGCAAGACGACCAAUGGCAGCGUCUGCAGAAGGCGUUUCAGAAUUACAAAAAGUCUCCUAAGGAGAGGAUUACACAAGCUUAUAUAGAAGCAAGACUCGAACAAUUAGAAAAUUUAUACACAACAUUCAUUAAUCAACACACAGAAAUAAUAUCUCAAGUCUCAGCCGACGAUAGGAAGAAAUUAUAUUAUUUUAAAAACGACACUAUUGAUGCAUUUGAAGAAGUCUACUUAGAAUAUAAAGUUAAAAUGAAAGAAGAUUUACGUGCAAUUUCUCCAUCGACAUCAAGGCAAUGUGGUGCUAUCGCAGAGACAUCUGCAUCAACUUGUGAAGUGAGAUUACCUCAAAUCAAUUUGCCUUCAUUCUCAGGAGCAUACGAUGAAUGGCAAACCUUUUAUGACAUGUUUGUCUCGCUUAUUCACGAGAAUACAAGUUUAAGUGGUGUACAAAAAUUGCACUACUUAAAGAGUAGCUUGUCGGGAGAACCUGCAAAUCUGCUCAAAAACUUGACGACGAUAGAAACAAAUUAUGCUGAAGCGUGGAAACUGUUGAUCCAGCGAUACAAUAACUUACGAUAUAAUACCAAUGAAAUAAUGAAGAAGUUAUUUUAUCAGCGAAAUAUCCCUUCAGAUUCAGCAGUAGGCUUAAAGCAACUGUUAGAUACUACCACUGCAUGUUUGAAAUCAUUGAAGAAUUUAAAGAUUAAUGUGGACCAUUGGGAUGUCAUCGUCAAUUAUUUAGUUGUGUCUAAGUUAGAUCCUGAGUCCCGGAAGCAGUGGGAGAUACACGUUAGUCAAUCUGAAUCAAAUUCACUACCCACCUGGUUAGAUCUAACUAAGUUUUUGGAGACACGCUUCAGAACGUUGGAAAUGGUAAAUCUACCUAAAGCAAUAGUAAAGCACAAGUCAUUCCAUUCCACUAUUGAGAAACGUGGAGCUACUUCGCAAAAUAUAGCCUGCACUAUGUGUUCUGGACCACAUAUUCUAUUUCAAUGUAAAAAAUUUGGCGAGCAAAGCCCAGAAGAGAGAUCCGAGUUUGUACGAUUAAAGAGAUUGUGCUUCAAUUGUUUGGCACAUAAUCAUUCGGUUAGGUUUUGCCGUCAAUCAACAUGCUGUCGACGCUGUGGUAAACGCCACCACAGUCUGUUACAUCUGGAUAGAAAACAAGAAUAUCAGAAUCAGGCUCCUGCCGAGUCGAAGGAGCUUAGUGAGCUAUCUAAAAAUACUGAGAGAGAUAUUAAGAUUUCAACUCAUUUUGCACAUGAGACGCAAAGUGAGGUAUUACUAGCUACAGCUGUAGUUAAGAUCAAAUCAGACACCGGAUAUUCUCAAAUAGUACGAGCACUCGUUGACCAAGGCUCCGAGGCAUCAUUUAUUAAUGAAGCUACAGUUCAAGCCUUGGGUCUAAAACGAUCUUCAGUUAAUGGUGUGAUAUCUGGAGUGGGCGACGGAGAGACGCGCACUCAGAGCAUGGUGUCAUUUCAAGUAGAAUCACGUCAUAAUUCAUUUACGAUAUCAGUUAAUGCCUAUGUGUUGAGCACUCUCACAUCUUUUAUACCAAAUAAUUCAACGUUCAUCACGGAUUGGCCAGAAAUCGAGAAUUUAUCACUGGCAGAUCCGCAUUUUGGAGAACCGAGCAGAGUUGAUAUUAUUCUAGGCGUUGACGUUUUGAGCGAAAUUAUAUUAGAGGGCCUAAAACGACACCCAACCGACUGUGGUCCUAUUGCACAGAAUACACAGUUUGGUUGGAUUUUAUCAGGAAGAGUUAAGACGGCCAAGCAAUCAAAUCCAAGAAUCAUAAGUCUACAUCUACAAGUGAAAGAAGAUCAACAGUUAAGCAAAUUCUGGGAGAUAGAGAGAGGAUCAGAGAGUAUAGAAAAGCGUAUGACGAAAGAUGAGAUAAUUUGUGAAGAAAUUUUUGAGAAGACUAUAACAAGAGAUGAAAACGGGAGGUAUGUAGUAACGUUGCCGUAUAAAGACGAUGAUCCACAGUGUUUUAGGGGCAAAUCGAAGGAGACAGCACUACGAAGAUUUAUAUCAUUAGAAAAGAAAUUAUUAAGAAAUCCAAGGUUAUAUGAUGAAUACAAAAAGGUAAUAGCAGAUUACAUAAAUCAGAGCCACAUGGUUAAAGUUACGGACGACAAGUCUAAGAAAGUUUUUUACCUCCCACAUCACGCUGUUGUGCGGGAAGAUAAAGAUACAACCAAAGUGAGGUGUGUCUUUGAUGCGUCUUGCAAGGCCUCUAACAAUGUGUCUUUAAACGAUUGUUUCAUUAUAGGUCCUAAGCUUCAACAGGAUCUAAGACACAUUCUGAUGAGAUGGAGAUUACAUCCAUACUGUGUGGUGGCAGACAUCGAACAAAUGUAUAGGCAGAUUCGAGUGCGAGAUGAGGAUACUGAUAGCCAAAGAAUUUUGUGGAGGUUCGACCCAAACCAGGAAUUAGAAUGCUAUAAAUUGGUAAGACUCACUUUCGGUACGUCGUGUGCACCAUAUUUAGCAGUAAAAUGUCUACAACAAUUAGCCAAGGAUGAACAAUUGAAGUAUCCAAUAGCGGCAAAAAUAAUACUAGAAGAUUUUUAUAUGGAUGACUUAUUAUCGGGAGGAGAAACAGAAGAUGAAGUCAUUGAGAUUUAUGAGCAAUUGAAUAAAGUAAUGAAGGCUGGAGGAUUCAAUCUACAGAAAUGGUGCACAAAUAGUGAGAAAUUACUUAAAUACAUUAAAACAGAUAAGCAAAGGGCGGAUUCAUCGUUGGUUUUUAAAGAAAAUGAUAUGGUCAAGGUUUUGGGUAUAAGCUGGAACAAGAACACGGAUAGAUUCGAAUAUAUACAUAAAUUACCUGAAACCGAGUGCCCCAUCACUAAAAGGAAGAUAUUGUCAGAAAUAGCGAGGCUGUACGAUCCUUUAGGAUGGAUCGCACCUGUAGUUGUUACUGCUAAGGUUUACAUGCAGAAAUUGUGGAAGUCAGGUUUGUCUUGGGAUGAUGAAGUCACACAAAAUCUGUUAAAGGAAUGGCUUGAAUUUAAAAGAAGUUUGGUUAAGGUCAAAGACAUAAUCAUACCGAGGUGGUUGCAAGUAAAGCGCGGCAAUCACGUCGAGUUGCAUGCAUUUGCCGAUGCCUCACAAACAGCUUACGCUGCAGCUGUAUAUGUUAAGGCUAGGGAUGAAAAGGGCAAUUACAAUGUGAAUUUGGUUACAGCUAGAACCCGUGUUGCGCCAGUUGAGAAGGAAGUGUCGAUUCCCCGCUUGGAGCUUUGUGCAGCUCUUCUGGCAGCUCAAUUAAUUUCCGAAGUAUCACAAGUUCUGAAGGUUAGUAAAGAGAACCUAUAUGCUUGGUCUGACUCCACGGUGGUGCUAGCGUGGCUUCGUGGUGAACCAAGCCGAUGGACAACAUUUGUUAGUAAUCGCGUGUCUGAGAUUUUAACUAUGAUGGACCGUGAUCAGUGGAAUCACGUGGGCACUAGGUUCAAUCCUGCAGAUUGUGCUUCGCGCGGUUUGCCAGCAGAAGACCUUAAGGAAAAUAUGUUAUGGUGGCAUGGUCCUGAAUGGUUAAAAGAUGAGGACAAUAUUGAAUUCCCUGUUCAGAAAGACUUUACGACCGAGGAGGAACAGAGACCCGUUAAGGCUAUGACUAUUGUCAUUCAAUUAGAUGAAGAAUUUAUAUGGAGAAGAUUUUCGAGGUUACCAAAUCUAUUGCGAGUAUUAUCGUAUUGUAAAAGAGUGUCACGUUGGAAAAUACCUAAAGAAGAUAGAAGGCUUAGAGAUAAUAUUACACCGAAAGAGAUGGAUGAUAUUUUGACGAUUUGUGUCCGAGACGUUCAGAAUUUACAUUUUAAGGAAGAAAUCAAACAGUUAAAGUCUACCGGAUCCGUGUCUAAAUCUAGCAAACUUCAUACGCUUUGCCCCAUUUUUGAUGAAAAUGGGGUGCUAAGAGUCGGUGGUCGCAUCCAACAGUCUCAAGAAUGUUUUGAUAAGAAACAUUCUAUCAUAUUGCCUGGUGCAAGUCAUCUCACACGAUUGGUUAUUUAUGAUGCACAUUUAAAAACACUGCAUGGAGGUCCAUUGGUAAUGCUUAAUUAUUUGAGAUCCAAAUAUUGGAUAUUGAGAGCUAGGGAUUACGUUAAAAAGUGUUAUAGAGAUUGCGUAACUUGCGUCAGAUACUCAGGACAAAAGAGAAACCCAUUCAUGGGUCAACUCCCAUCUGUUAGAGUUAAGCCGGAGAGAGCAUUCAAGUCGUCUGGUGUGGAUUUUACUGGGUUCAUUAGGAUUAGAUUCUCGCCAGGGCGCGGUUCAAAGACCUAUAAGGGGUACAUUUGUAUUUUCAUCUGCAUGGUUACCCGUGCUAUUCAUUUGGAAGCCGUUUCAAGUUUAACUGCAGAUGGUUUCAUUGCCGCCUUCCGUAGAUUUGUGUCCAGAAGAGGACACUGUAAAAAUUUAUACAGUGAUAACGGCACCAAUUUUGUCGGUGCCGAUAAGGAGUUGAAAAAUAUGUUUAACAGAGCCACUUCAGAAUUGCCGAAAGAGAUUGGUACUUUAUUGGCUAGUGAAGGUACGACUUGGCAUUAUAUACCUCCACUGGCUCCUAAUUUUGGCGGACUUUGGGAGGCAGGUGUGCGUUCCACCAAGGCUCAUCUAAAAAGAAUUUUGGGCGAUAGCACCUUUGAAGAGCUGGCUACCGUCUUAACUCAGAUAGAGGCCUGCCUAAAUUCUAGGCCUCUAAGUCAAUUAAGCGAUAGUCCCGACGAUCCUUUACCGUUGACUCCGGGACAUUUUCUUGUUGGGGAGCCUUUGAUUAUUAUUCCAGAUCGAGAUUACUCUAGCAAUAACAUCAUUACCGGUCUUCAACGAUGGAAACUAACUCAAAAGAUGGUGAACGAUUUUUGGAAACGAUGGUCAGCGGAAUAUCUAAUCACCUUAAACCAGAGAUAUAAAUGGAUCACAAAAAGAAUUGAGCCAGAAAUUGAUGACGUUGUUAUUAUACACGAUCAGAACCUGCCUCCGGCAAAAUGGAUACUGGGAAGGAUUAUACAAAAACAUACAGGCAAGGAUAAUAUUACUCGGGUGGUAACCAUGAAAACGACCAAUGGUAUCGUAAAGAGACCUUGUAAUAAAUUAUGUUUUCUUCCAAAGUCAGAAGUUGGUAUUGAAUAG